GCGAAAGAUAUCAGCAAAAGUGUGCCGCUAUGCUACUCGGUUAGCUUAGCCUUCUACAACUUAACAUUCUUUAUGAACGACGAAUUGCUUUGUUUAAAGUGCAAACGUCCAUAUGUAACCGUUUUUACUCAUUACGUUAAUAAUAUGUAUUUAAGGUUACGGGACUUUUAUUCCUUAGGAGGAAGUAAAUCUUGAACUUGUGUCGGCUACUUAGCGAGGCCGGGUGGUGGCGUCUGAAUGUAUUGUCUCAAUGCUUCCCUGUUCCUGCUUAUCCCAGUUUUUAACUUGUUGUUCUCCUUGUUCCACAGACUGAGAGGGCUUAUCAGAAACAGCUCACUAUCUUCAAGAACAAGAAGCGUGUUCUGGUCGCUGAGGGUGACAAGGAGGCCAAGGAGAAGCUACCACAAAAGUGUGGGGCUGGGCUUCAAAACACCAAGAGAGGCUAUUGACGGCACUUACAUUGACAAGAAAUGCCCCUUCACUGGAAAUGUGUCCAUCCGUGGCCGCAUCCUCUCUGGUGUGGUGACCAAAAUGAAGAUGCAGAGGACCAUUGUUAUCAGACGUGACUACCUGCAUUACAUCCGCAAGUACAACCGUUUUGAGAAGAGGCACAAGAACAUCUCUGUCCAUCUGUCACCUUGCUUCAGAGACGUCUCAGUUGGAGACAACGUCACCGUUGGAGAGUGCUGACCACUCAGCAAGACCGUGAGGUUCAACGUCCUCAAAGUGAUGAAGGCUGCAGGCGCCAAGAAGCAGUUCCAGAAGUUUUAGGCUAUUGACGGCACUUACAUUGACAAGAAAUGCCCCUUCACUGGAAAUGUGUCCAUCCGUGGCCGCAUCCUCUCUGGUGUGGUGACCAAAAUGAAGAUGCAGAGGACCAUCGUUAUCAGACGUGACUACCUGCAUUACAUCCGCAAGUACAACCGUUUUGAGAAGAGGCACAAGAACAUCUCUGUCCAUCUGUCACCUUGCUUCAGGUACAA